AUACUAUGUAUUGCGAUCGUUUUAGGAAUACAACUGUACUUUACAAAUUUCUGUCAAUAUCCAGUUGGCCAUUCAGUUGAACUUGCGGCCAGGUUUGUUUGCGUUUUUAUUGUUCCGUUCAUUUUUGGUCAGCCUCAUAUUUCAUUUUUUUGGUUUCUUCCCCCUUUUCUCUCUCUCCCUGUUCUAUGAAUUCAACACAAAUCUGGUUUUCCUACUGCCUCUCGGACCUUGUAUGAUCUUAAAGUUGCAAUCUUUCCUUUCUGUUCUAGAAUUUCUUUGAUGUGUAUUUGAUGCGCUGUUAUUUGACCUCAAUUGCUGUUGUUUUGAGUUGGGAGGUGUUAUCUUAGCUCAAUUUUUGAUGAUGGGAUUUGGGUUUUCAAUCUGGGUUUUGUUGCUAUUGAAUCUUGCUUGCUGUUCGAGGGGAUUUACACCUGUUGAUCAAUACUACGUCAACUGUGGAUCGUCGAGCGAUGUCGUUGUCGGUAAUAUUACUUUUGUUGCUGAUAAAUCUGCUGCGAAAUAUCUGUCAACCCCUCAGGAAAUAUUGGCUGAUAGCAAUCUCAAUUCCAUAACUAGAGCUGAUGAUUCCCCUUUGUUUAGAACUGCUAGAAUCUUUAAUGGGCCAUCUAGAUACACGUUUCCGAUUGGGCAGGGCGGUAGGCAUUGGAUCCGCCUGCAUUUCUUCCCUUUUGACUAUCCCAAUUAUGAUAUGAAAUCAGCUAGUUUCUCUGUUUUCUCCCAGAAGACUACACUGCUUAGUGAUUUCACCCCUAAGGCUGCUGUUGUUAGGGAAUACUCUGUUAAUGUGGAGAAGGGAGACCUUGUCAUCACCUUUUCUCCUUCUAGAAAUUCAAUUGCUUUUGUUAAUGCAAUUGAGGUUGUUUCCGUGCCCAAUGACCUCAUAGCUGAUUCUGCACAGCUAUACAGUUCUCCGAGUCAGUUUACUGGGCUGACAGCUCAGUCUCUGCAGACUGUUGCCCGGUUGAAUAUGGGUGGCCCGUUCGUGUCAUUGGUGAAUGAUACGUUGGGGCGUAACUGGGAUUCAGAUAGUUCAUAUUUGAAAGAUCCGAAUCUUGCUACUACUAAAUCCAAUAUCCCAGCUGUCCAGUACUCUGUUGGUGGUGCAACGUCAGACGCUGCACCACAAACUGUCUACGGGACUUGCAUCAAGAUGGACUCUGCUAGUGAUCCUAGGAGCAAUUUUAAUGUCACCUGGGACAUCCCUGUGGAUCCUGGUUUUCAGUACUUGGUUCGGUUGCACUUCUGUGACAUUGUGAGUGCAUCACCUACAGAUCUUGCCUUUAAUGUUUACAUUGACACAUAUGUCAUUUAUCGGGAUCUGGAACUAGCUUCAAAACUUAAUGGGAAGUUGGCCACUGCUUUCUUUGGGGAUUUUGUUACCCCGGUGCUCACUAAACCUAACGUUACUGUAAGCAUUGGCCCAUCUGCUGUGAGUUCUUACCCUGACGCCUUUCUUAACGGGUUGGAGGUUAUGAAAAUAAGAAAUGCCAAGGACAGUCUUGCAGGGGCAUCUGUUUUGCCAUCAUUUCCUAAAUCAAAGAAGAAAUUGGGGAUUAUUGUGGGUGUGAGUGUUGGGGUACCAGUAGCAUUGAUUUUGGUCGGGAUUCUGUUUUUCAUGCACAGGAGAAGGAAACAAGAACGUCUCAAAUUCUCAAAAACAUGGGUUCCUAUAUCGGUUAAUGGUGGAGCUUCCCAUACCAUGGGAAGCAAAUAUUCAACUGGCACAACAGUUAGUGUUGGUUCUAACAUGAGCUACCGCAUCCCCUUUGUAGCAGUUCAAGAUGCAACAAACAACUUUGAUGAGAGCUGGGUGAUUGGAGUCGGUGGAUUUGGCAAGGUUUACAAGGGAGAACUACAUGAUGGUACAAAGGUAGCUGUUAAGAGAGGCAAUCCCAGGUCCCAACAAGGUUUAGCAGAAUUCAGAACUGAAAUUGAGAUGCUUUCCCAAUUCCGCCAUCGCCAUUUGGUUUCCUUGAUUGGUUACUGUGAUGAAAAGAAUGAGAUGAUUCUGGUGUAUGAGUACAUGGAGAAUGGAACCGUCAAAAGCCAUCUGUACGGUUCUGAUAAUCCAAGUUUAGGCUGGAAAGAGAGACUUGAGAUAUGCAUUGGAGCUGCAAGAGGGUUGCACUAUCUCCACACCGGGUAUGCCAAAGCAGUUAUUCACCGUGAUGUGAAGUCAGCAAACAUAUUGCUGGAUGAGAACUUAAUGGCAAAGGUUGCUGACUUUGGACUUUCUAAGACGGGGCCAGAGCUUGAUCAAACUCAUGUCAGCACAGCUGUCAAAGGAAGCUUUGGAUACCUCGAUCCAGAGUAUUUCAGAAGGCAGCAGCUGACAGAAAAAUCGGAUGUUUACUCAUUUGGCGUUGUCUUGUUUGAAGUUCUAUGCGCCAGGCCUGUGAUAGAUCCAACUCUUUCUCGAGAAAUGGUUAACUUAGCUGAAUGGGCAAUGAACUGGCAGCAGAAGGGUCAGCUGGAUCACAUCAUCGAUAAGCAUCUUGUGGGGAAGAUAAAACCCGAUUCCCUCAGAAAGUUUGGAGAAACAGCAGAGAAAUGCUUGGCCGAUUAUGGGGUGGACAGACCCUCGAUGGGUGACGUUCUUUGGAAUCUUGAAUAUGCUCUUCAGCUUCAAGAGGCAGUCAUCCAGAAUGAUCCCGAUGAGAACAGCACAAAUGCUAUUGGCCACCUGUCUCCACAAGUUGGCGAGUUCAACCAUGGCGACACUACCACUUCCGUUGCCCAAUUUGAGACCUCAGUUGUUGAUGAUCUUUCCGGUGUUUCAAUGAGUAGAGUUUUCUCACAGCUGGUCAAGUCUGAGGGGAGGUAAUUUAAAUGCUUAUGGAUGAUCCCUAUGUUUGAGAUUUCCAUUUAUCUCUGUUCAUGUAUCAUUUUCGAGUAAUCUUUACUUGUGUUUCAUCAUGUACGCUUCUUGCUUUCAUAUAGUUUGAAAAUUGAAACCUGAGAUUUUGGAGGGCCUCUGCCCUAUGUAAUGAUAUUUACUAAGAUCUCGUCGAGACAUAUAUACGUAUCCUUGCCUUUCUUGCAAUUGUAAUCUGUUUCAGCACAAACUAGCAGAAUUGAUGCAUACACUGGUAAUUUGUAGUAGUUACUUUUGUUAUUCAUUGGAAUUUGCAUUUGUCA